UAUAGAGAACCAAUUCAUAUAUCUUUUUUUUUUUCUCGCUUGGUCGGACAGACGGAGUGAGGGAGGGAAGGAUUAGGUAUGUCGCAAUCGCAUAGUAGCGGGAGCAGCAUCACCGGCGGCGAUGGUGGUGGAGAGAUGGACUUUCAUUUACCGGACGAGAUCCUGGCGGUGAUACCAACGGACCCUUACGAUCAGCUGGAUCUGGCGAGGAAGAUCACGUCCAUGGCGAUCGUGUCGCGUGUGACCAAGCUGGAGGCCGAAACGGGCCGCAUGCGGCAGGACUUGUUUGAGAAGGACCGGGUUAUCUCCGACAUGGAAGAGAAGGUCUCUCGCCUUCAAAACGCGUACCAGGAGGCAGAUUCGAAGUUGAAGAUUAUGGUCGACGAAAAUAUGAAACUUUCAAAGGAGCGAGAUUCUUUGGCAGUGACUGCAAAAAAACUCAGCCGAGAUUUAUCCAAGUUGGAAUCAUUUAAGAGACAACUGAUGCAGUCACUAAAUGAUGACAAUUCCUAUCAAGCCGAGACUGUUGAUAUUGGGACCUGUGAUCAGGCAGUUCCAAAAGCGUAUCCUGACAAGGAUGAGGGGAGAAAUGGCUACAUGAUACGGCAUUCAUUUGGUGCAUCUACAAAUGUUGGAAAUCCAAUUGACGAAGCCUCAAGGCAUGUGGUACAACAUUCUGUCUCCCCAUACAUUACACCUCGACUUACACCAACUGGAACUCCAAAAAUUUUCUCAACAAAUGGAUCCCCAAGCGCUUAUUCAGCUGCUGCAACUCCACAAAGAACCUCUGGUACAACAUCACCCACAAAAACUCAAUACGAUGGACGGACUGCAGUUUCUGCAUGGUAUCCAUCAAGCCAGCAGUCAUCAGCUGCAAACUCUCCUCCACAUGGCCGAUCAUUGCCAGGUCGCACUCCUCGAAUUGAUGGAAAGGAGUUCUUUCGUCGGGCCAGGAGUUGCCUAUCAUAUGAGCAGUUCAGUGCAUUUUUGGCUAACAUUAAGGAACUAAAUGCUCAAAAGCAAACUCGAGAGGAAACUUUAAGGAAAGCAGAAGAAAUAUUUGGAACAGAUAAUAAAGAUCUUUAUCUUUCAUUCCAAGGAUUGCUUAAUCGCAAUGUACACUAGGCCUAGUUAAGGAACUGCUGGAGAUCGUUUACAUUAAUUGGGAACUGCUAGGACUCCUAAAGACAACAACGCGUAGAGAGGCCGAUUAGCCUAAUAGGUUGUCCCAACAAUUGGCGUAUUCCUGGGUGAAGGCAUGACACAAGUAAGGAGUGCAUAAGCAUGAAAUUAGAAGGCGAUUCCAUUAAAGAAAUCAAUCAAGAAAAGAGUGGAAGUAACGUAAAAUGACAAGUUCAUGAAUAUUAUGAAUAAUAUUUUGGUGAGAACCUCUUUCAUGUAAAAUCCCUUUUUCCAAAGAAGAUUAAAGUUUUAAGAUAUUGUGGCUAUGAAAAAGGGAGGCCAUGAAGAGGACGAAACUAAAACCAUCCUUUUUAGAUGCUGAUGAUUAUGAUGGACUUUUUCCUAUUAAUUACUGUGUCCUGAGUGAAGCUGUGAACGUGUGACUUUGGAAUUUUAAAAU